UUGGAAGAACGAUUAAUUAAAUUUUCCAGCACUUUAAUAUCGAUAGAUGGGUUGAAGGCCGAAAUUUGGAAAUCUGAAAGCGAUCAGGAUGUCGUUUCUGGAUUACAAUAUGUCCGAUAACGCAACAAUAAGCGAUUAUUUCGGCAAUUCUGACAUAGAUCAGUCAUUUGUCAGUAACACACCUCAACUAUCAACAAUGCUACCCAUCGUUGUGAACAUGACUCUACCUACAGUUACACAAACCAACCUACUGGAAAGUUUAAUUGUACCUCUAUAUGGAACUAUAUUCCUGCUUUCCGUUAUCGGGAACUCGUUGGUAUUGAUUACUCUGGCGCGUAACAAGAGAAUGAGAACCGUAACUAAUGUCUACUUGUUGAAUCUGGCAGUUUCGGAUCUGCUACUCGGCGUCUUCUGCAUGCCUUUUACGCUUCUUGGACAGAUGCUGAAGAAUUUCGUUUUCGGUAUUACUAUGUGCAAGCUCAUUCCGUACUUUCAAGCCGUCUCUGUGUCUGUUGGCGUAUGGACAUUGGUCGCCAUCUCCUUGGAGCGUUAUUUCGCCAUUUGCAGACCACUGAAGUCGAGAAGGUGGCAAACACAAUUCCACGCUUGCAAAAUGAUUGCCGUCGUUUGGACAGCCAGUCUUACUUGGAAUGCACCCAUCCUCGUUGUUUCACGACUGAAAAGCAUACGUGGUGGGAGGCGUAAGUGUCGUGAAGAAUGGCCAAGCGUCGCCACAGAACAAGCUUACAAUAUCUUUCUGGAUGGAACGCUUCUUCUAGUUCCACUGAUCAUCAUGAGCAUGGCUUAUUCUCUGAUUGCGGCGAAACUUUGGCGAGGAUUACGGCAGGAAAUACGGGAAACAUCGAGCUGCCAACAACGUCUAGGGAGAACAGCAUCCAGCAGAACGACUCGGAAUUCAACAUAUGACAAGGAUGAUCGAGGAGCCAGUACCACUGUCGUCCUGAAUGCCUCUGGCGCAUCCUCGAGAUUGAGGCGUGGAUUCUCGUCCACUUCCCACGGAUACUUUCAUGGUGCUCCACAGGGAAUACCGUCUAGGGUACGUGUCCCACGUGGGAUCUCCAGGGUUCUCACUGGAAAAUGUCAAGGACCGGAUUUUUCCCAUGAAUCGGGGGUACAGGUACGCAGCAAUGGAAGUAGCUGCCUGUCCAGGGACAUAAAGGAUUCUUCCAGUGAAGAACAGCAGGAUUCGAAUUGUCCCUUCAGCAGACAACACGUUAUACGCAGCAAUUACAUGGGAAAAAGUAUCGAGGCCAAAAAAAAAGUGAUCAGGAUGCUGUUUGUGAUCGUGCUGGAAUUUUUCGUUUGCUGGGCGCCGCUGCACGUGAUGAAUACGUGGUACCUUUUCGCGCCAGACUUGGUCUACUCGACAGUUGGGAGCACCGGGAUUAGCCUAGUGCAGUUGCUGGCCUAUAUUUCUAGCUGCUGCAAUCCUAUCACGUACUGCUUCAUGAACAGAAAGUUUCGACAGGCGUUCCUUGGCCUUUUCGACUGUCAUUGUUGUUGGAGAGUAGGAUGUAGGAAUAGCGAUAUUGCCAUGGCGUCGAUCAGAAAUGCGACUCAAGCUGAAAACAAUAGCGAGUUAAGCGGAAACGAAUCGACAAUUUACCUUGGGAAAGCGUCUCUUGUCACCAGAUCCGAGGUAGUACGACUCCUGGAGGAGGAGGACCGCGUCUAGUAUAGGCAGAACGCGUGUUAUAGUGAAAAUUCGAGACCAAACGUUCCGUUGCUGCACACAGGCA